GCGGCUUUGAGCCUCUCCCUCUCACUGACAGCUGUUGUAUUUAAGCUCAGACUUUCCACCCCAAUUAGACACACAUUCGGAUAGCAGCAUCAGUGCAGGUGGAAGAUGGCCAGCAGGAAGACCAAGAAGAAGGAGGGAGGUGCCAAGCGUGCACAGCGGGCCUCCUCCAAUGUGUUCUCUAUGUUUGAGCAGACUCAAAUCCAGGAAUUCAAAGAGGCAUUUACACUCAUCGAUCAAAACAGAGAUGGCUUCAUCGACAAGGAGGACCUUAAGGACACAUAUGCUUCUCUUGGUAAACUGAAUGUUAAAGACAAUGAACUGGAAGACAUGCUUAAGGAAGCCAGUGGCCCCAUCAAUUUCACCAUGUUCCUUAAUCUGUUUGGAGAGAAACUGCAUGGCACUGACCCUGAAGACACUAUACUUAACGCCUUUAAGAUGUUUGAUCCUGAGGCAAAGGGCUACAUACAUACAGCCGAAUUACAACACAUCCUAAUGACGCAAGCUGACAAGUUUAGUGCAGAGGAGGUACGUCAGAUGUUUCAGUCCUCGAACAUUGACUCAGCAGGCAACCUGGACUACAAAUCCCUUUGUUACAUUAUCACCCACGGCGAAGAACAGGAGGAAUGAGGAAACUGCUGGUUGAAAGCUGCAUAUCACUGUUGCUACUCUCGGCUCAUGGGGCCACCUGCUAAUAAAAGCAAGCUGUGCCACA